AUGUCGCUACUGCGCCGUGCGGUGGCGCUGCGCCUGCCGAGUGCAGGUGCCCGGAGUGCGACCAGUAUGCCACGUACCGCAUUCUCGCCGGCGGUGCAGAGCCUGCGUGUAGCCGCAGUGCGCCCUACGAUGCCGCCCGUGGCGUUCCAACGCCACCUGCAUGCACGGGCGAUCAGCACGAGCUCCGGCAUGCCCAAGUUCAUGCUGCGUCUCGUGCGCCUGCCGAUCUAUGGAAUUGCAGGUGCGGGCGGCUUGUACGCGUACACGAACUACAAGCUCGACGAGUGGAAGGGGCGUCUCGGCGACCUGUUUGGCUCGGCGAGCGACUCGGCGAACGGCCUCCUCGGCGCGCUGUCGGAGAACUCGAACAGCGCGCUGGCGUAUGCGCGUGACGGCUGGAACUCGUUCUUGUCGCGCUUUGAGCAGGCGCGCGAGGAGCAGGAGGAGAGCGACGAGGGCGGCAACAACAACAACAACAACAACAACAACAACGACCAGGACUCGGUCCUCGCCGCGGCCGCCGCGGCGCUUGGCGCGACGCUCAACGGCGGUGAGGGCGAGGGCGAGGGAGAGGGCGGCGAGCACCACCACGGCCCGCAGCCCGGCUCGUCGGAAGAGCUCAUGCUCCUUACGCGCAAGCUCAUCGAGGUGCGCAACAUCCUCAAAGAGGUCGAUCACGACGGCGACCAGCUCGUGUUGCCGAGUAUUGUCGUGAUUGGCUCGCAGAGCAGCGGCAAGAGCAGUGUGCUUGAGUCGAUUGUCGGCCACGAGUUCCUGCCGAAGGGCAACAACAUGGUGACGCGCCGCCCGAUUGAGCUUACGCUCGUGCAUGUCCCCCCUGGCGACGUGCCUCCGGACGGGAUCGUCGAGUACGGCGAGUUCCCUGGCACAGGCAUGGGCAAAGUGACCGACUUUAUGCGCAUUCAAAAGGUGCUGUACGACCUGAACAUGGCCGUGCCUGCCCAGGAGUGCGUGAGCGACAAGCCGAUCGAGCUGCACAUCCACAGUCCCCACGUCCCCGACCUCUCGCUCAUUGAUCUGCCCGGCUACGUGCAGCUCAGCUCGAUGGACCAGCCGGAGGAGCUGCGCGAAAAGAUUGCUGGCCUCUGCGAAAAGUACAUCCAAGAGCCGAACAUCAUUCUCGCGGUGUGUGCCGCAGACGUUGACCUGGCGAACUCGCCCGCGCUGCGUGCGAGCCGCAAGGUCGAUCCCCUCGGCAUGCGCACGAUCGGUGUUGUGACCAAGAUGGAUCUCGUUCCUGCCGACGUCGGCGCGUCGAUCCUGAACAACAACAAAUACCCCCUGUCGCUCGGCUACAUUGGUGUCGUGUGCCGCUCGCCCGAGCCGGUGAACCACUCUGUCUUUUCUCUUGGACGUGCUGCGAACCCCGUCGAGCUGACGCAGCAGUACGAGCGCAAGUACUUUGACGAGCACGCGGUCGCCUUCGAGGCCCCCCAGCGUGGCCGCAACGCCGGCGUCGCGCCGAUGGUCGGCACGGACAAGCUGCGCCAGCGCCUCAUGGUGGUGCUGGAAGAGAACAUGGGCGCGUCGCUUACUGGCGUCGCUGGCGUCGUCCGCUCCGAGCUCGAGGACGCCGCGUACCAGUUCAAGGUGCAGUACAACGACCGCACGAUCACCGCCGAGAGCUACGUGACCGAGGUGCUCGACGUGUUGAAGCAGCGCUUCAAGCUCUUUGCGCAAAACUUUGGCAAGCCCGAAGUGCGUGUGCUGCUGAAGAAUGCGCUCGACGACAAGGUCAUGGACAUCCUCGCACAGAUCUACUGGACCGACGGCAAGAUUGGCGAGCUGACCGAGCUCGGCGAGAAGCGCCGCGAGUCGCCGGACGAGCUGAACCCCGAGUGGAUGCACAAGCUCGACGCCUCGACCGGGGCGCUAACCAAGAGCGGCAUCGGGCGCAUGAGCACGCAGCUUGUCGCGAAUACGAUCCGCGCGCAGCUCGAGCAGCUCGCCCUUUCGGAACCCUUUAAUCACCACGUCGAGACGGCCGAGCGGAUCGUGUCGUUCGGCACGGCGCUGCUCAAGGACCGCUUCACGAUCACCGCCGACCAAGUCGAGAAUUGCGUCAAGCCGUACAAGUACGAGGUCGAGCUGAACGAGCGCGAGUGGGAGGAAGGGCGCAAGCAGUCAGAGGCGCUCAUGCGCAACGAGCUCGCGAUGUGCAGCGAGGCGUACGACCGCCUGAAAAACGCGAUCGGUUCGCGCCGCCUGCGCGGUGCGGUCGAGUACAUUGUACAGCUCGAGGAGCGCGAGCGGCAGCGCAUUGCUGCGCGUGUCGAGUCGAGUGGCGACGCCGAGGCGCUCGCGGCCCUCGCGCAGGACGACCAGAACGACCCGACGCGCCCCGGCUUCAACGCGGCACUGCUUUCGAAAGCGCGCGAGGCGCGUUUCCUGCAGGACCGUGCCGACAUCCUGCGCAUGCGCCUGGCGGUGCUGCGCUCGCGCCGCUGCAAGGCGGGUCCCGACCAAAAGGUGUUCUGCCCCGAGUCCUUUUUGAAUGUCGUGACGGAGAAGCUGACGUACACGGCGGUGAUGUUUAUCAACAUUGAGCUCCUCGCCGAGUUCUUUUACCAGUUCCCCCGCGAGAUCGACGCACGCCUCGGGUACGACAUGUCGAAGGACGACAUGACCGCGUUCGCUCGCCAGAACCCUGCCAUUCGCAAGCACAUUGAUCUGCAGCAGCGCAAGGAGAAGCUCGAGGAAGUGAUGCUCAAGCUCGACGACCUCACACGGCUGUACCAGGACAAGCUGCCCAAGCGCCCGGCCACGCACUCCAAGUGGCUUUUCUUUUAA